UAAAAAGAAAAAAGAAAAGAAAGCUGGCAUCUGACUGUUUCUCUCUCACUCCCCAAAAACCACCCGUAAAACCUCCCCAAAAUUCUCACCUACCCACCCGAAAACCCCGCACCAAAGAAACCCCAAACUCGACCGAGUCGACUCAGCCAUGGAAGGACCUUCUGGUUCUGGAGCACCAAUGGCCGAUCCAGAUGGAGACGACUCGCUCUUAGCGAACUCGGAGUUCUUAACUCGGCAGGAAGUAAUGCAACGGCGAGAGCGCAAAUUGAGGAAACUCGCCGAUUGUUACAGGGAUCAUUACUGGUCGUUAAUGGAGGAGGUGAGGCGAAAACAUAGGGAGUACUACUGGACGUACGGAAAGAGUCCUUGCAAGGAAGAAGGGGAUGAAGGUGAGGAGAGAGAAAACGGCGUCGCUAAUGGAAGUCUGGUGAACGGCAAUGGUGUCUCUAACGGUGGAAAUGGUGUCGUUAAUGGUAGCAAUGAUGAUGACGUUGGUGGUGGUAAUAAAUUAGAGGUAGGUUUCAAGCAUUGUUCUUAUAAUGGGUGUGAAGGGAAAGCUAUGGCGUUAACGCAGUUUUGUAUAUUGCAUAUCAUGCAUGAUAAAAAGCAGGUGCUCUACAUAAAAUGCAAAUAUCCGAAAUUGAGAUCUAGCAGGGAUGACGGACGGCUUGGCUCCCUUCUUUGUAACAAGGCUAUACUAAACUCAACAUCUCCUCCUUUCUGCAACAAACACACACUGGAGGCUAAGAAGCACAUCAGCCAAGCUUUGAAGAAAAACGGUGUUUCUGCUACGUUAUCUAACAAGGUAGCUUCCAAGUUCCAUCUUGUUGUAAAUGAGUACGUACAAUUGAUUCAAUCUAAGCGAAGAGAUAUUGCAAGAAGAAAUAUGGGUAACUUGCAGUAGAAAAAAACAGUGAUUACUUGAACAAACCCGAAAUCUACAUUUUUAUCAGUAAAUAUCAGUAUUUUAAUGUGCGUGAUGGAGCAAGACACUAGACAUACCCGAUCAAGAAACAACAGGACUUGUCUCAGCUUGAUGGUAGUGCGUAUGAUAGUUUUACGGUUUUACCCCCUCCCCCGUAUGUCUUCUAAUGUUCUUUUCUCGAGAGAUGGCCUGUUACUCUGUUGUUCGGGUUACUGUAACUCUGAUAGCAGGCGGGAACUGGGAAAGUGCAUGACCAAAUGAUCAGUUAGUUCAGUAUAUAAUUGCUGUAUAGAACAUGUUUUCGGCUAAGGUUUGAUACUUCUAAACUCGUUUGUAAUUAGUAUUGUUUAGUACUUCGUACUACCUUUCGAUC